CCCGUGCGCCGGCGCCAUGGCGGAGCAGGAGAGCCUGGAGUUCGGGAAGGCGGACUUCGUGCUGAUGGACACCGUCUCCAUGCCCGAGUUCAUGGCCAACCUCCGGCUCAGAUUUGAAAAAGGACGCAUCUACACAUUCAUUGGGGAAGUCGUUGUCUCUGUGAAUCCCUACAAGUCGCUGAACAUUUACGGGAGAGACACGAUCGAGCAGUACAAAGGGCGUGAGCUGUACGAGAGACCCCCGCACCUUUUUGCCAUUGCUGAUGCUGCUUACAAGGCUAUGAAGAGGCGAUCCAAAGACACGUGCAUUGUGAUAUCAGGGGAAAGCGGAGCCGGUAAAACAGAAGCCAGUAAGUACAUCAUGCAGUACAUUGCGGCCAUCACCAACCCCAGUCAGAGAGCAGAGAUCGAAAGAGUGAAGAAUAUGUUGCUUAAAUCUAACUGUGUCCUGGAAGCUUUUGGAAACGCCAAAACCAACCGCAAUGACAACUCAAGCAGGUUUGGAAAAUACAUGGAUAUCAACUUUGAUUUCAAGGGAGACCCGAUUGGUGGACACAUCAAUAACUAUUUAUUGGAGAAGUCUCGAGUUAUUGUGCAACAGCCAGGAGAAAGAAGCUUUCAUUCUUUCUAUCAGCUGCUGCAAGGAGGUUCGGACCAGAUGCUACGUUCUCUGCAUCUCCAGAAAUCCUUGUCAUCCUACAACUACAUCCAUGUUGGAGCCCAGCUAAAGUCAUCUAUCAAUGAUGCUGCAGAAUUCAAAGUAGUAGCCGAUGCCAUGAAAGUAAUUGGCUUCAAAACCGAGGAGAUUCAAACAGCGUAUAAAAUCUUGGCUGCUAUUCUUCACUUGGGAAAUUUAAAGUUUGUUGUGGAUGGUGACACGACCCUGAUUGAAGACGGCAAGCUUGUGUCUAUCAUUGCGGAAUUGCUGUCCACCAAGACAGACAUGGUGGAGAAAGCCCUCCUCUACCGGACGGUGGCCACGGGCCGUGACGUCAUUGACAAGCAGCACACAGAGCAGGAAGCCAGCUACGGAAGGGAUGCCUUCGCCAAGGCCAUAUACGAGCGCCUUUUCUGUUGGAUUGUCUCCCGCAUCAAUGAUAUUAUUGCGGUCAAGAACUCAGACACCACCAUCCAUGGCAAGAACACUGUUAUUGGUGUCUUGGAUAUCUAUGGCUUUGAAAUCUUCGACAACAACAGCUUUGAGCAAUUCUGCAUCAAUUACUGCAACGAGAAGCUCCAGCAGCUGUUUAUUCAGCUGGUCCUGAAGCAAGAACAGGAGGAGUACCAGCGGGAAGGGAUCCCCUGGAAGCAUAUUGAUUACUUCAACAAUCAGAUCAUUGUGGACCUGGUGGAGCAGCAGCACAAGGGGAUCAUUGCCAUCCUGGAUGACGCCUGCAUGAACGUCGGCAAAGUCACUGAUGAGAUGUUCCUAGAAGCACUUAACAGUAAACUGGGCAAACACGGUCAUUUUUCCAGCCGCAAGCUCUGCGCCUCGGACAAAAUCCUGGAGUUUGAUCGAGAUUUUCGAAUUCGACAUUAUGCAGGGGACGUUGUGUAUUCUGUCGUUGGUUUUAUUGACAAAAACAAAGACACUUUAUUUCAAGAUUUCAAGCGCCUCAUGUAUAACAGUUCAAAUCCUGUGCUGAAGAAUAUGUGGCCUGAAGGCAAACUGAGCAUUACAGAGGUGACCAAGAGACCACUGACCGCUGCCACCUUAUUUAAGAAUUCUAUGAUUGCUUUGGUAGACAACCUUGCUUCAAAGGAACCAUAUUACGUACGUUGCAUCAAACCCAACGACAUGAAAUCCCCACAGAUCUUUGAUGAUGAACGCUGCCGGCAUCAAGUAGAGUAUCUCGGACUCCUAGAAAACGUGAGGGUGCGUCGGGCAGGCUUUGCCUUCCGCCAGACCUACGAGAAGUUUCUUCACAGGUACAAAAUGAUCUCUGAAUUCACCUGGCCCAACCAUGACCUCCCCUCAGACAAAGAGGCUGUCAAGAAACUGGUCGAAUACUGUGGCUUUCAGGAUGAUGUGGCUUAUGGGAAGACCAAAAUUUUCAUUCGAACACCCCGAACAUUGUUUACCUUAGAAGAGCUCCGUGCUCAGAUGCUUGUAAGGAUUGUCCUCUUUCUACAAAAGGUGUGGCGGGGCACCCUGGCCCGCAUGCGGUACAAGAGGACCAAAGCAGCACGAACGAUUAUCAGAUACUACCGUCGCUACAAGGUCAAGUCCUACAUCCACGAGGUGGCCAGACGCUUCCACGGCAUCAAGACCAUGAGGGACUAUGGCAAGCACGUGCAGUGGCCAACCCCACCUAAAGUUCUUCACCAUUUCGAGGAGGUCCUACAGGCAAUUUUUAAUAGAUGGAGAGCAUCCCAACUUAUCAAGACCAUACCUGCUUCAGACUUGCCUCAAGUGAGGGCAAAAGUUGCAGCCGUGGAAAUGUUGAAGGGUCAAAGGGCUGACCUUGGGCUCCAGAGAGCCUGGGAGGGCAACUAUCUUGCUUCGAAACCAGAUACACCUCAGACCUCAGGCACAUUCGUCCCCGUUGCGAAUGAACUGAAACGGAAGGACAAAUAUAUGAACGUCCUCUUUUCCUGUCAUGUCCGUAAGGUGAAUCGAUUUAGUAAGGUGGAAGAUCGAGCAAUUUUUGUCACUGACCGUCACCUGUAUAAAAUGGACCCCACUAAGCAGUACAAGGUGAUGAAGACCAUCCCUCUAUACAACUUGACUGGUCUAAGCGUCUCCAAUGGAAAGGACCAACUUGUAGUGUUCCAUACGAAAGACAACAAAGACCUAAUUGUCUGCCUCUUCAGCAAACAGCCAACCCAUGAGAGUCGAAUUGGAGAACUGGUUGGAGUCCUGGUGAAUCAUUUCAAGAGUGAGAAGCGCCACCUUCAAGUCAACGUCACCAACCCCGUCCAGUGCAGCCUGCACGGGAAGAAGUGCACGGUCUCCGUGGAGACACGGCUCAACCAGCCGCAGCCUGACUUCACCAAGAAUCGCUCGGGCUUCAUCCUCAGCGUGCCUGGCAAUUGAGGCGCAGGGAGAUGGGGGCUGCCCGCCCAGCCGCCGCUAGACGCCCGCUCGCCAGGGUCCAGGCUGGGAGGGGCCCCCUGCCUCCCCUGCGGCUCCUCCCCGAGGUCCAGCCCGGCUUCUGCCUUUGAUCUCUGUCUUCCUCUAUCCCGACUGUCCACGGCCCCCUCAACAAAUCAAAGACGAAUGUGUCCUGCCCAGCCUGCAGCAGCCCCUCCAAAACAGCUCCCCUCUGGUCAGUGAGGGCCACCCCCAUGCCAGGUCAGAUCGGCCUGCUGGCGACUGGCCCUGCCCGAGGAGGGCUGGGGGCGGGGCCUGCAUGUCGUUUCCAACCAAAGCCAAGCCUCUGGAGUUGGGAGCGGCUGUGGGGAGGUAGCCCUGCCCUCUCUGGGCCCAGCUGCCCCCUCCUCCCCAAGGGGAUGGCAACCCCACGCCCUGGUUCAAGGAGCUUCUCAGAGCUCCCCGUGGACUCCCUUUCCCCAGCAGCCCGCCAAGAUCACCAGGUGAGCAGGUUCACCUGGAGAGCCAGCCCCUCAACCCAGGAGCCCCUGGCCAAAGGAACCACCUUGCCCAGUGGGCAGUCUGUCCCACUCGGAGCCAGCCCCCAGCCCCUUGACCCUCUGCCCGGAGAGCAUGGCUCGGGGAAUGCUCCAAGAAUCGUCUUACUUAGCCCUGCAGCCUAGGCCGUGAUUGUCUUACACUUAUUUCUGCAGUUAGGAGCAGGGUUACUAACCAGAUACCAUGUCCUCUGUGCCACACUGGUGUCAGGAACUCUAAUGAAAUGGAAUAAAAGGGGAGCACUAGGGGGUCUGGAAGUUUUCCCUCUCCAACACCUCUGCCUCACACUCACGUGAAGAACCAGGCCGGGGGCGGGCGGGUCGGGG